UCUCUAUCCCUUCACCUCCAGGUUGCUUGUUUUCUAAUGCCUGAGACAGGUCUAGAGAAAAAGGCCAAAUAUUUUUAACAAAGAGUUGGGCUUAGGGUUUGUUCCUUAUCCACCGCCGCGGCACCACCAGAUCAGAGUCUUCUCUAAAACUUAACAUUGUAAUAAACCCUAACCCUCGAACUUCAAUCCUCAGCUCUGAGGUAAAGGAAAAGGCCAGCAAGCGAUGAACAUAGCUGUUCUCAGAAAUCUCUCACGCCGUAUUCGCAAUCAUCUUAUUCUACAUUUAAAUUCCGAUGUAAGACCUAUCCCAUUGAUGCCAUCGUCAUCUCUAUUUGUUUCCUGGACUCGUUGUUCACUCAGAUUCUACUCGUCUGAGUCCGACUCACCCCGUGAAGAGAAUUUUGAUCCGACGCAGAAGCGUCAUGGCGGCGUUGAGGAUGUUGAUGGCGUGAGCAACCAAGAGCUAAAGAGGCAGAUAGAGAAGUAUUACAAGGGGGAUGAAGAGGCAAUUCCAGCAAUAUUUGAAGCCAUAUUGAAGAGGAAAUUGUCAGGGAUUGGAGAUGAUGAGGAUGACAAAUUAAUGGAAGAAGUUAGGCGGAAAUCUCCAAGUGAGGAUUUCGAUUCUGAAUCCGAUGAAUUGCGAUGAUGCGAAAUUUGCAUUUGAAUAUAUAUAUAUAUAUAUAUAUUUUGUAUUGAUGGAGCAUUAGAGAAUCAAAGUAACAAACAAGUAAAUCAUAAGUCUUGCUUCUUCCAGCGCAAUUUGUCAGGAAAUUGGCUUGCGCCGAGAAAAUUUUGAAAUAUGCUUGUUCUUGUAA